AUGUUGAUUACUCUAGAAUGCAUUAUACUUGCGCUACAGGCGGUUGCUGCAGUUCGACUUGCAUUAGAAUCACCUUUUGAAAUUACCAGUCAAUCAAAUAAUAGGCUAUCAAAACGAUCACCCGUUGUGUUGGGUGGUAGUAUCAUAAAAUGCUACACAAUGAGAUCCAAUGUUGAUGGAGUCAAUUUGGAUUUACGAGUUGAUUCAUCAGUUUCCGAUAUAGUCGUACCACUUUCCAGUUCAAGCAACGAUAUAGGUUUGGCUAUACAAAGUAUUUCAAGUGGGAAGCCCGUUACUAUAAAGUACAGAGGCAAAGAGUAUAAUGGAAUCAGUUCCACAGCCGUUGUGAAGAUUUCGGGUACUAGGAUAACUGGCAUCAAUUUACCAGCAAUCUUGGUUGAAAAAAAGUCGCCAGGUCUGGUUGGUAUUGGUGGAAACCCCGAUCAAGGAGUAUUUGGAAUUGGCUACUCCUCGUUGUCAAAACAUCACACAUCAGUCCCUGCGAUAGAUGCUUUGUACAAUGGUGGUGUCAUUACUAAUAACGAGGUUGGCCUUGAACUAUGUCCGUAUAAAAUGCUUUCAAAAAGUUCCAUCAAUAUAGGAAAUAUGGAAGUAACUGCAAAAUGUGGAACGGAUGGAACAAGUGUUGCAUGGGUAGACUCACCAUCAAACGAACAACAUAGUGUCAACAUCAAAGAUAUACUAGUCAAUGGCGAAAAAGUGGAUCUACCCAAGGAAUUCCAAAAAACAAUAAUCGAACAUGGACGUAUUUUCUAUUCAUAUUUACAAACAUGCUUUGUAUAUAUGUAUUUUCCUAGAGUAGUCGUGGAAACGCUGGUUGCUGCUAUUCUUGAUAGUGGUGCGAUCCUUGUCAAAAAAACUAAAUCCGAACACAAGCACAAGCUCAGCGAAACAGAAAUUAAAAAAAUAUUUUGGGAAAACUGUCUAAUGUUCAAAUCCAACUACAAUAUCAAGUGGAACAAGCUGCCGUCGCUUACAAUUGUAAUGUUUGCUGAAAACCCCGUGACUGAUGCCAAUCGCAACUCCGUUGUAACAAUCAAAUUGGGUCCCAAAGAUUAUAUACAGAGAGUUGAUUCUAAACAUGGUAAAUAUCUGACAAUUGUAUGCAUUAGAUUUGCUGUAAAAGCUGGUUCAAAUGACAAUGCAGCUCUUGGUAUACCAUUUAUGAACCGACUUAGAUUGGUAUUUGAUCGACAAAAUAAACGCAUUGGACUUGGUCCUGGAUGUGGAUGUGAAGUCAUGGCCGAUGGAUAUCCUAUUAUUUCAAACAAUGAUCAGGUGCUCUGGCCAUUAACACAUGUUAGAUUGCCUGAACAACCAAGUACUUCAAGUUCAGAUGGCAGAUCUACUCUUAGGAGAUUGUCGCAACUUGGUAGUACUCUCCGUGAUAGUAUUCGUCGUGGUAGUAGGCGGUCAAAGCCUAAUUACGAGAAAUUUGAGGACUAA